GCUCGCACACGGUUCAGACAUGCAAGUGUCGGUGGUAGUGACUCUGUUACUGAAGCUAUUUGUGGCCGAUGCUUCAGAAGCAAAUCAGCUUACUGAAGGUUCUCGAUGCGAAAGAGAUGGUGUCGAGGGCACUUGUAUCAGCAUCUACAAAUGUCAAUCGGUGAUCUUAGACAUCAGAGACAAGAAGCCUCCGCCGACUUGCGGCUUUCAAGGAAAUAAUCCUCUUGUCUGUUGCACCGACUGUAUUGAAGAUCGCGUGGCAAAUAUCAGUUAUGCCGUAAUAGACAAAGCUGCGGGACUGUUAUGGAAAAGAGACAAGAAGUUUUGGGACGUAUGCGUGGAUUACAUCCAUACUCUUCCCUAUGAAUGCAAGCUGCAUGUAACCAGCGACGUCAAAAAGAAAUGGUUUGCAGAAGAGAAAUGUUACCACAUCGUAUUAUUGCCGCGCGCGCCCGCCGGUGGGGAGGACACUAAGAGAGGCGAAAAGCCUUUCAUGGUGCUUCUAGGUUACGGCCCGAAUGUAGAUUCCGCGCAGUGGCUGUGCGGCGGCUCCCUCAUCAGCGACCGCUUUAUCCUCACAGCUGGCCACUGCGUCGCUGCAACAUCUCUAGGCCCAGUAAGAUUCGCGGCUCUGGGUGUAUGGAAACGAGACGAGCCCAAAGAAUUGUGGCAACAGCAUAUAAUCCAGAAAAUCAUCCCUCACCCGGAGUAUCGCCCGCCCCAUAAGUACAAUGAUAUCGCGCUGCUGAAGACUGAAAAACGGGUCGAGUUCACUCCAACGUUAUUGCCAGCCUGUCUUCACUCAGGCGAAUAUAACCCUUACCGUAGCGGGGAAGCCUAUGGAUGGGGAUAUCUGGGUCCUAAUAAACCUUUAGCAAAUAUACUGCAAAAGGUGACUUUAACCGAGUUCACUGAAAAGGAGUGUGCUCUAAGGUACCGUGUCCACCGGCACCUUAGGCAUGGGUACAACCAUACCACUCAGAUGUGCUUUUGGGGAUAAGGAAAAAAUUGUCGAUACGUGUGAGGGUGACAGCGGAGGUCCUCUCAACAGGCCUGGCGGGGAAAUAUCCUACUGUGCGUAUACCAUCAUGGGCGUGACGUCAUUCGGGGUCCCGUGUGGACACAAAGGUAGUGCUGGGAUCUACACGCGAGUCUCGUUCUACCUGCCUUGGAUCGAGAGCAUAGUAUGGCCGUGAACAUCCAAAGUUAAAAAAAAUAUAUAUGGCACAAGUAUGCUGGCUGUCCAUAUCGACUCAGAAGAAGACUGAAUAAUAUGUUAAGCAAGAUUUGAAGAUUGUAAACGCUAGUAUGAAAGUAGCAAUUUCAAAAUUAAAAACGAA